AUGUCGUCAGAAAAGCAAGAGGCCUCUACCAAGGGUGAGUUUAAGACUGGCAUCCUGGACAAGGGGACUUCAAGCACGUUCCUGCAACGAUUCUGUGCCUGGAAGCCAAAGUGCGCAAGAAAGUCUGCCCAUGCAAAGCUGCUGACGGGGCCGUCUCCAUCAGAAUCGGAAGUUAAUUCUUCUUCGCCGAACGCGGUUCUCUUUGGCCCGGUUCAGCAAUAUGGACAAGUCCCCUACCUGCAUCCUGGGCAGUAUGCUUCGAACACCGGGAUCACGAGAGCCUUCAAAGGGCACAUCACGACCACCGUCCACGGAGUCGAAACAAUCAUGUCCACCCACGAGUAUCUGAAUCACCCUCAGGAGACGCGUUCGGCAAUCCUCAAUCCCCGACUUCGUCUGGAUUCCGGAUACUACCCCAAUCCUAUUCCGCCUCCACCGGACGCGCCUCCCCCUCCCCCUCCGAUCGAUAUCACCACCGGGAAACCGAAGUCGGAGUCUACCAAGUCGUGUUCUGAGGCUGGUAGCGCAGAGAAGAUGUCCUCAAUGCCACCAUGCAAGUACUCCGGCUUUGACAGACGCCGUUUGGAUCUGUUCGGGCUGUCUCCAGGGUCAUAA